CUGCCGGAACGCGGGGCCGGAGCAGGGGGCACUUUCUGUGGACUUUGAAAGGGAUGUUGUGAAAGGAAACGCAACGCCUUAAUAUAUACACACACAGACAAAUAUACACAGCAUACCUGAGCUCGUUGCAGUGAGCUAUCAUAUACACGCAAGAAUGUUUCAGACGUUUAAGGACUGGUUUUGGUUGGAAAGGUUCUGGCUCCCUCCAGCAAUAAAGUGGUCGGAUCUCGAAGAUCACGACGGACUCGUCUUUGUAAAGCCCUCCCAUUUGUAUAUGACAAUUCCAUAUGCUUUUGGCUUGCUGAUUAUCAGACACAUCUUUGAAAAACUUAUUGCCACACCUCUAGCGAAGGCAGUUGGCAUCGAAGAGGAAGUCCGGAAGAUUGUACCAAACCCUGUCUUAGAGAAGUUUUUCAAAUACUCUACGAGGCAACCAUCACAAGAUGAUGUUUAUGGACUGGCGAAGAAGUGCAACUUGACGGAGCGCCAGGUGGAGAGAUGGUUUCGGAGUCGGCGGAAUCAAGAGAGGCCCUGCAGGAUGAAGAAAUUCCAGGAAGCUUGCUGGCGUUUUGCAUUUUACUUAAUGAUUACUAUUGCUGGAAUUGCAUUUCUUUACGAUAAACCUUGGGCAUAUGACCUCGGGGAGGUGUGGAACGGCUAUCCCAGACAGCCCUUGCUGCCAUCCCAGUACUGGUACUACAUCUUGGAGAUGAGUUUUUAUUGGUCUCUCUUAUUUAGCCUGGGUUCUGAUGUCAAGAGGAAGGAUUUUCUGGCUCACGUCAUCCACCACCUGGCCGCGAUCAGUCUGAUGAGCUUCUCGUGGUGCGCCAAUUACAUCCGCAGCGGGACCCUGGUGAUGAUUGUGCACGAUGUGGCCGACAUUUGGCUGGAGUCUGCUAAGAUGUUCUCCUACGCUGGGUGGAAGCAGACCUGCAACAGCCUGUUCCUCAUCUUCUCUGCCAUCUUCUUCAUCAGCCGCCUCGUCAUCUUCCCCUUCUGGAUUUUGUAUUGCACGCUGGUCAUACCUAUGAUCUACCUCGAGCCUUUCUUCUCGUACAUCUUCCUCAACCUGCAGCUCAUGGUCCUGCAAGUCCUUCACCUUUACUGGGGCUACUUCAUCCUGAAGAUGCUCAGAAGAUGUAUAUUCAUGAAGAAUAUCCAGGAUGUGCGGAGUGAUGAUGAGGAGGAAGAAGAGGAAGAAGAAGAGGAGAAGGAAGAGACCACCAAAGACAAAGAGAAGGACUGUGUGAAGAACGGACUCGCGGCCGACAGGAGCCUCAUCCCCAACGGGCAGCACGGCCGUUAGCGCGAAGCCACCUGGGUCCUGGACACAGAGUGUGACAAGGCUGCCGGACACUCUGUGCGACAAGGGCUGCUGCCCGUCCCGCACUGUGGCCCGCGGGCUCACAGGGACCCUAGUUUUGCCCUUCCUCUUUCUAACC